AGGGAGGAAAUAGCCAGAGAAAGAAGCUGGGAAGAGAGGACAAACAUCGAGAUGAGGGAGAGACAUAGCCAGAAAAAGGGAGAGAACAAGGUAGUAGGAGGAAAGGCCAGAAGCAUGAGAGGACAAGGAAAGGGAAAUUUGGAGCAAAGGAGAGGGGAGAGAGCAGGCAGAAACAGGCAGAAACUAGGAGGGAACCGAAGAAGAGGCACGCAUGGCUGGGUUAAUGAGCCACUCUCUUCUCCUACUCCCCAGAGGAAGCACAGCUAAUUAUGCUUCCAUCUCCUUGGCCUGGAGGAGAUCAGGAGGUCUGAAGAAAUGCCCUCAGCAAGCAGAAUGCCAGAGGGCACAGGGCGAGGAGCAGCCUGAUGCCAGGUGGGAGCAGGAGUCUAGGGUGGAGCCCCACUCCUCAUGCAUCUCCUUACCCAGUGCCAGCUUUGGCUUUGCCAGGGACCCAGACUCGCUUCAGCCAGGAGCCAGCUGACCAGACUGUGGUGGCCGGACAGCGGGCCGUGCUCCCCUGCGUACUGCUCAACUACUCGGGAAUUGUGCAAUGGACCAAGGACGGGCUGGCGCUGGGCAUGGGCCAAGGACUCAAAGCAUGGCCGCGGUACCGGGUCAUUGGCUCUGCAGACGCCGGGCAGUACAACCUGGAGAUCACUGACGCCGAGCUCUCUGAUGAUGCCUCUUAUGAAUGUCAGGCCACCGAGGCUGCCCUGCGCUCCAGGCGGGCGAAACUCACCGUGCUCAUCCCUCCAGAAGAUACUAGGAUUGAUGGAGGUCCUGUACUUCUUCUGCAAGCAGGCACCCCCCACAACCUCACAUGCCGAGCCUUUAAUGCCAAGCCUGCUGCUACCAUCAUCUGGUUUCGGGAUGGGACUCAGCAGGAGGGUGCUGUGGCCAGCACGGAGCUGCUGAAGGAUGGGAAGAGGGAGACCACCAUCAGCCAGCUGCUCAUUAACCCCACAGAUCUGGACAUUGGGCGUGUCUUCACCUGCCGGAGUGUGAAUGAAGCCAUCCCGAGUGGCAAGGAGACUUCCAUUGAGCUUGAUGUGCACCACCCGCCUACGGUGACCCUGUCCAUUGAGCCACAGACGGUGCAAGAGGGAGAGCGCGUUGUCUUUACAUGCCAGGCCAUGGCUAACCCUGAGAUCCUGGGCUACAGAUGGGCCAAGGGGGGCUUUUUGAUUGAAGAUGCCCAUGAGAGUCGCUAUGAGACAAAUGUUGAUUAUUCCUUCUUCACGGAACCUGUGUCCUGUGAGGUUUACAACAAAGUGGGCAGCACCAAUGUCAGCACUUUAGUAAAUGUCCACUUUGCCCCUCGGAUUGUAGUUGACCCUAAACCUACGACUACAGACAUUGGCUCUGAUGUGACUCUCACAUGUGUCUGGGUUGGGAAUCCCCCCCUCACUCUCACCUGGACCAAAAAGGACUCAAACAUGGGGCCCAGGCCUCCUGGCUCCCCACCCGAGGCUGCUCUCUCUGCCCAGGUACUGAGUAACAGCAACCAGCUGCUGUUGAAGUCCGUGACCCAGGCAGAUGCGGGCACCUACACCUGCCGGGCCAUUGUGCCUCGUAUAGGAGUGGCUGAGAGGGAAGUGCCACUUUAUGUGAAUGGGCCCCCCAUUAUCUCCAGUGAGGCAGUGCAGUAUGCUGUUAGGGGUGACGGUGGCAAGGUGGAGUGUUUCAUCGGGAGCACACCGCCCCCAGACCGCAUUGCAUGGGCAUGGAAGGAGAACUUCCUGGAGGUGGGGACCCUGGAACGCUAUACAGUGGAGAGGACCAACUCAGGCAGCGGAGUGCUGUCCACACUAACCAUCAACAACGUCAUGGAGGCUGACUUUCAGACCCACUAUAACUGCACUGCCUGGAACAGCUUUGGGCCGGGCACAGCCAUCAUCCAACUGGAAGAACGAGAGGUGUUACCCGUGGGCAUCAUCGCUGGGGCCACCAUUGGUGCAGGCAUCCUGCUCACCUUCUUCUUUAUUGCCUUGGUGUUCUUCCUCUACCGGCGCCGCAAAGGCAGUCGCAAGGAUGUGACCCUAAGGAAACUGGACAUCAAGGUGGAAACAGUAAACCGUGAGCCACUCACAAUGCAUUCUGACCGGGAGGACGAUACUGCCAGCGUCUCCACAGCGACUCGAGUCAUGAAAGCCAUCUACUCAUCCUUCAAGGAUGAUGUGGACCUGAAGCAGGAGCUGCGCUGUGAUACCAUUGACACCCGGGAGGAGUAUGAGAUGAAGGACCCCACCAAUGGCUACUACAACGUGCGUGCCCACGAAGACCGACCCUCUUCCAGAGCAGUACUCUAUGCUGACUACCGUGCCCCUGGCCCUGCCCGCUUCGACGGCCGCCCCUCUUCCCGUCUCUCUCACUCCAGCGGCUAUGCCCAACUCAACACCUACAGCCGGGGCCCAGCCUCCGAUUACGGCCCUGAGCCCACAGCCCCUGGCCCAGCUACUACAGCUGGCACCGACACAACCAGCCAGCUGUCCUACGAGAACUAUGAGAAGUUCAGCUCCCAUCCCUUCCCUGGGGCAGCAGGGUACCCCACCUACCGACUGGGUUACCCCCAAGCCCCACCCUCUGCCCUGGAGCGGACCCCAUUUGAGGCAUAUGACCCCAUUGGCAAGUAUGCCACAGCCACUCGAUUCUCCUACACAUCCCAGCACUCGGACUAUGGCCAGCGCUUCCAGCAGCGCAUGCAGACUCACGUGUAGGGGCCAGAGCCUAGUUGGAGCAUCUCUGCGGGGCAGAGGAGAAGCUGUUCCCUGAUAUUCAGGGGCGUGCGUUGCUCAUUGCUCCUGUCCCCAACCAACCUUCCUCCUCCGGCCAUGGCAGGUGGGAAAUAGGUCUCCCAGAAACACCCCAUCCAAGGAUGGUGCUCUAUGCACACCUCCUGGGCCUGCCCUUCCCUCUUCUUUGAGAGGAUCUGUGUUUUCUGACCUGCACUCGCACCUGAGGAUGGGUAAAGUGAGGGUUGUGAAAAGCAUAGGGGGCACUUUUUAGCAUUUCCUUUGUAUCCUACCCCUCUGGUCUCCCAUAAGUGAAUGGGGGGGGGGGGGAAUUCAUGUGGGAAUGGGUAGACUUUGGCCUAGGAGACAGGAAGUGUAGGGCUGAGUGGCUCUGGCACAUACAAAUAGAAACAUGAUGGCCUAGCCAGCCCUCUGUCAUCUGCACUUAUACCCUAGUGCAUCUCUCCUUCAGGACUGCAGAAGGGACCUUACUCUAUCUCUUUCUACAGAACAGCCUGGCACUGAGUUCAAACCCAGCCCUCAUUCAGCUGAGAUUAAAAUGCCAGUCAUCCUGGCUGCCCACUAUGGACACUUGUCUGUCAGUCUGCAGAGAGGUCCAGGUGCUUCCAUCAGCGCUGCCCCUUUUCCUUCUCCUUUAUGCUGGGCUAGCCAGGUAAGUCAGGAGGUCAUGGUGGAAGAAGGAAAGGCUAGGAACCAUGUCCUAUUUCACCAGCAAGACAGCAGUGUAUUACCUAUCAGUUUUUAGAAUCCACACCAGGGGAUCCCACCCAAGCCCCCUUUUCUCCCCAA